UCAGAUCAUGUCAAAGAUUUCAGCUGUGGGCCGCUGCAUUAUAAAACGUUUUAUUUCGACGAGAAUAACAAUGCGUUAUAUGUGGGCGCUAUGGAUCGCAUAUUUCGCUUAAAUCUACAAAAUAUUAGUCAAUCAAUUUGUGAGCGUGAUGUGCUCAUACUGGAACCUUCCGGUUCAGAUAUACUCAGUUGCGUGUCGAAGGGCAAGCGCGAGAAGGUGGAAUGCCGCAAUCACAUACGCGUUAUACAGCCGAUGGACUCUGGGACACGUUUGUAUGUUUGUGGUACGAAUGCGCACAAUCCAAAGGACUACGUGAUAAAUGCGAACUUAACACAUUUACCCAGAUCCGAAUACGUGCCUGGCAUUGGCUUAGGCAUUGGCAAGUGCCCCUACGAUCCCGCCGAUAACUCUACAGCCGUUUACGUGGAGAAAGGAAAUCCCUUUGGAUUACCAGCGCUGUAUUCCGGCACAAAUGCUGAAUUUACCAAGGCUGAUUCGGUUAUAUUCCGUUCAGAUUUGUAUAAUUUAACAUCCGGUCGGAAGGAGCACAAUUUCAAACGCACCGUGAAAUAUGAUUCCAAAUGGCUUGAUAAACCGAAUUUUGUCGGCUCCUUUGAUGUUGGCGAAUACGUCUACUUCUUUUUCCGCGAACAUGCCGUCGAGUAUAUCAACUGUGGCAAGGCCAUCUACUCGCGCAUUGCCCGAGUGUGCAAGAAUGAUCGUGGCGGCAAAUAUAUGAUCAGCCAAAAUUGGGCGACCUAUCUGAAGGCGCGCAUCAAUUGCAGCAUCUCCAGCGAAUUCCCAUUCUACUUCAAUGAAAUCCAAUCGGUGUAUAAAAUGCCAACAGAUGACACCAAAUUCUAUGCCACCUUCACGACGAACACACACGGCAUUCUCGGUUCGGCGGUGUGCAGCUACGACAUACGCGACAUCAAUGCUUCCUUCGAAGGCAAAUUCAAAGAGCAGGCAACCUCAAACUCAGCUUGGCUGCCGGUGCUCAAUUCCAAAGUGCCCGAACCCAGACCGGGUACAUGCACCAACGAUACGGCCGCGCUGCCAGAUUCGGUGUUGAAUUUCAUACGCAAACAUCCGCUAAUGGACAAGGCGGUCGAUCAUGAAUUUGGCAAUCCAGUAUUUUACAAAAGGGAUAUUAUACUAACUAAACUGGUGGUGGAUAAAAUACGCAUCGAUAAACUAAAUCAAGAGUAUCUGGUGUACUUCGUGGGCACCAGCACUGGCCUCAUUUACAAAAUCGUACAAUUCAUACGCUACGGUCAACGUUUCUCCAAUCUACUCGACGUACUAGAGGUGGCCUACAAUGAGCCGAUACGCGAAAUGGGUCUGAGUCAGAAGACGGGCUCAUUGUACUUGGCUACGGAUCACAAUGUGAAGCAAAUCGAUUUGGCGAUGUGCGCCCGCCGCUACGAUUCGUGUUUCCGCUGCGUCGCCGAUCCGUAUUGCGGUUGGGACAAGGACGCGAGCACCUGCAAGCCAUACCAGCUGGGAUUGCUGCAGGAUGUUGCCAAUGAGACUUCCGGUAUUUGUGACACGAGCGUUUUGAAAAAACGUAUCACCGCCUCGUACGGCCAGACACUGCAUCUGUCGUGUUUCGUUAAAAUCCCUGAGGUGCUGAGGCAGAAGUCGGUGCGCUGGUAUCACCAUUCAACGGAGCGAGGACGCUAUGAAAUAAUUUACAGUCCCGCCAAAUACAUUGAAACCUCCGAGGGUGGUUUGGUGAUUAUAUCGGUGAAUGAGGGAGAUGGCGGACGGUAUGACAGCUACCUGGAUGGUACGCUGCUGUGCAGUUACAGCGUCAAUGUCGAUGCGCACAGAUGUACGCCGCCUUCGAAGAAAAACGAUUACCAGAAAAUCUACUCGCAUUGGUGCAAUGAAUUCGAGAAAUACAAGUCGGCCAUGAAGCAAUGGCAGGCCAAACAGGAGCAAUGCAAUAUGAAGGAGAAGGCGAAUGGAAAGCAUAUAAAUGAAGUCUUCAGCAAUGAUGGUGUGGUCUGACCGCCAGGUAGUGCGAGUAACCACUAAAGACUGACAUUUUUAAGCUUUUGAAAGACAAUAUUUUCAUAUUUUUAAAAAUUUUAAUUUGCUACAAAUUCUUGUAACCGAAAAGUUCUGCACAUAAAAAAUAUCAAACAGGAUGGAAUGAAAAACAAAAAAACAACAAAAUCAAGAGAAUUGUAUAGUAUCAAAAACCAAGUUAAAAUACGUAGAUAAAAAAGUAAAGUAGUCGAGACGAGAUUGCACUGGAAAAAGGCGAGCGGUGUUUUUAAGAAAAUGCCUACGACAGCUCGGAGGAAAUCCACAAACGGGAGCGAAGCAACGGCACUGGGCGCAUAAGGUGGAGUGAGAUUUUUAACUAUAUAAAGCAUACGGAACACACAAGCAUUUACACAUACAUAUAUGCACACAAGGGCAAAGUCACACACCCAUGCAAAUAUGGAAUACACACAAGAAAGCGUGCGUCGAAGAGGACGACAACAGAAAAGUUACUAACAAAGAGAUCCUGCCAGCAAACAAAAAAAAAAAAAUAAAUAACGAAAGAAAAACAAAGAAACGUAAUAAUAAAAAAAAAUUAAUUCACAAAAGCAACAACCGAAGGUUUUAAAGCAAAACGAAAUACAGAGAAAUAUCGCAACAAAAAAGAAAAGAAAUGAAUUUAGUAAUACACAGCCUGUAGAGUAAUGAAGUGAACCCGCAAUGUGAAUAACUAAACAAUCCAUACAUAUACAGCAGCAUUUAUAGAGGCACACAUACAUGCAUAUAUAUAAGAGUAUAUACCCUACAAGACAGUGCUGAGCACUUUUGACAAAAAUGCCAACACAUUUACAAGAAUUUUAUUAGUC